AUGAAUAGAAAGUUGAAGACUCUCGCUGAGUGGCAGGUUUUACAAAACAAGAUGGUUGUGCUAGAAAAUCGACAAGAUGAAGAAAAUGAGGGAAUUCUGAGGGAGAUACGAGAAGAAAGACGUCGACUAGAGGCAAGGCGUAGAGCAAGACACCAAGAAGAACUUGAACGUCAGCAGAAGGAAUUGUGUCGCCAGAUUUUGGAAACGAUUCGAAACAUUAAGGAGAUGAAAGAGAAUAAAAGGACGGAAGGUUUAGAAAGAGAGAGGCGAAAUGGGAGAGCAAUCUGCCGUCGAUUUCAUAAAGUAUGUCUCGAAUUGAGGGCACUCAAGGCUUCGGAGAGAGAUGAAUGA